CGUUUUUAUUCCACAAAAGCACGCUCUCUCACUAAACCCACCACCACCGUCAUCAUCAGCAAGCUCUCCUGACUGCUGCCACCUUCGUAUGAAAACAAAAGGUGGUAGAUGCAUGAGCGUUCAUCAGCUUCUCUGUCCUGAGUCCUGACCCUUAUUCGCCUUUCUUUUUAACCAGAUUUCACUAGUACAACAUCUCUCUAUGGGUGUCCUUUGUGUUUUAAGCCUUUAAGGUCAUUCAACUACCACCUUCUCGCCGUCUGAGGAGGAGUAAGGUGCUAAAUGUUUCAAUUUGUCGACUAAACCAUUGUGCAUCAAGAGGAGGAUAGGGAUCCACCAUGGUGAGCUUACGAAGGCGUAGGCUCUUGGGACUUUGCUCAGGGAGAAAUUCUUUCCUGUCGCCUUUAACUAGAUUUUUUGGUAAUGGAAGUUGUACUGAAAGUCCUAUCCAGCAUUCAAAAUCCAUUAGUGUGCAUCCCCUGCCAUUUGGUGAUGCCAACCAGCCACGGAGGAAAACUAGUGUCUGCUUAGGACCUGGAUCAUCAGAUACACUGGGUUCUACCUCACCAAAAGAACUCCACAAUGAACAAUAUUCAGAGCAACCAAUCAAACGUAGGAAGCGACACCGGAGGAAGCAUGUGCAAAACCAAGAACCAUGUCUAAUGAGAGGUGUGUAUUUCAAGAAUAUGAAGUGGCAGGCAGCUAUAAAAGUUGAUAAGAAACAAAUCCACUUGGGGACUGUUGGUUCACAAGAAGAGGCUGCCAAUCUGUAUGACAGAGCUGCUUUCAUGUGUGGGAGGGAACCCAACUUUGAGCUGUCAGAAGAGGAGAAGCAAGAACUUAGGAACUUUGAUUGGGAUGAAUUCUUGGCAUACACUCGCCGUUCCAUUAAUAAUAAAAAGCACAAGAGAAGGCUCAGAGCAGGGAUGGAGAAAAAGAGUGAGCCGAGCGAGGUUUCAAUGCAGAGCAGUGACUGGGAUAGCAAACAAGGGGUCAAUGGCUUCUCGGGUUCAGAAGAUGCAGAUCCAGACUCAUCAGUCUCUUGAAAGUUCUGUUGUGCAAAUCCAGCGGAUUACCAGCUCUAGCUCUUGCCUGGCCUCCUCCCAGUUUUUGGUGUACAACAGGCUACAUUAUGGAGCAAAUGAUGGUAAAUUUAGUUAUCAUUAGUAAGUAUAGAUCGAAUAAGUGAUUCAAAAUUAUAAGCAUCCUAACCAAUGCAAUUUCAUUCUUGAGAUCGAUCGAUUAAAGGAUGCAAAGCUGUUGUGCAUCUAAUCUCUUCUCUUGGGCCCCAAAGUGCUUUAGAAACUUUGUUCCCAACUUGUAUGAAGAAAAGUAUUCUGUUUUCCUGACUGCUUACUUGUUGGAGUUGUUAAUGUUAAGUCAUUAGUGAAUCCCGGCACGCUGAACGCUUAAAGACCA